AUGUCUCGCUCCGUGUCUUCUUCACGGGGCUCCGAAUCUCCAAUGGAGCCCGAACGUGCUCAUCGAGCCUGUGAAAAGUGCACUCGCACCAAAAAGAAGUGCGACAAGGCAUUACCUGCAUGCUCCCGUUGUACCAGGCUCACCACCACGUGCUCCUAUGAUUUCAUCUACACGGCACCGACAACCGCCGUCGUAGACCCGGGUUAUCUCCUGGGAUCCAAGGAUACCUACGGUCCUGGUGUCUUUGACCCGGCCUUUGAUGUAUCCAGCACCAUGAUCAUGUCGCUUCUGUCCUCGCGCAACAUUGCUUGGCGCGAGGCCACUGAGCGUUACUUUCAGACCAUGAACCCCUGGCUCUCUGUCGUCCACCCGGAGCUCUUCGCUUUGCGCGCUGAUGCCAUUGGUUCCGGCUCCGGUUCCGGGGCUGGCCCGAGCUCCGCCGCCGAUGCGGGACCCCGGGACCCGGCCGUCGCCCUCCUCAUUGUCUGCAUGCAGCUCGUCUCUCAGUACGACGACGAGGCCGCUGCUGCCAGUACCAGCGUCAAUGAAGGCAAGGAUAUGAUGGAGAUGCCUGCCUACCGCGCCGCAAAGCGCGUCCUCAGCGUCCUGCGUGGCCUUUCUGCUCCUAGCAUCGAGCUUGUCCAGUGCACCAUCCUGCUCGCCCUUUUCGAGUUUGGCCACGGCGACGUGCUGCGAGCCUAUGUCACCAUCGGCGAUGCAAACACCAUGGCUCUUGCCUUGCGCAUCAGUCCCGGAAAGUACAUCGAGGCUGAGCAGGACGCCCAUGUCCCCUACGAUGAGGAGGAGCGUCGCUGUGUUUACUGGAGCCUCCUCGUGCUCGACCGUCUCAUCCACGUCGACUGCUCCCUCACCCGCAUGCCGCUGCAGGUGCCCUCUCCUGCUGCUGAUGAUCUUCUCCCGACGACCAACCUCGUCUGGAAUAAUCAAAGCCAGCAGCCUGCUCGCGUCAUUCAGCGCCACCCCGCGAGUGUUGCGCCCUCGGUGCCCCUGGGCCCCUUCCAGAGGAAUUGCCAGUGCGCCAUGCUCUAUUCCAAGGCCUUCUCCCCCAGCCAGCCAGGUUCCGCUGAUGCCCUACUCGAUGACUUUGUUGAGCUCGACAUCUCAACUCGCGCCCUCGUCGAGGCCAUGGUCAUGCAGCAAUCUCGCUGGGGAGACUUUUAUGAGUGCUUUGCGACCUGUACCUGCCUCCUCCUCUUCCUUUAUUGUCGCCAGCUGCGUGCCGCCAACACCAUGUCCGCCGCCACCCCCUUUUCUCCUUCUGCGGCUGCAGACGACAUCGCCCCUAAGGCCAUCGCUGGCCUCAACUUCACCAUCCGUAUCAUCGCCGACACCACGACCGAUCUCAACGACCAGCUCGCCCGCCGCCCGCACCUCCUAGGCCCCUGUUCUCCUGUCACUCCUUACUCGGCUUUCCACUGUCUCAUGGUCCUCAGCCACUUUGAGCAUCUCAUCCCAGAGGCUGACACCAGGUUCCACAACAUCUAUUCGUCGUUGCACUUUUUUGCCAAGAGAUGGGGCGUUGCAGGACAACUUGUCAGAAAGGUCGAGCUAUUCCUCGCAGAAGCCGAUGGCGCUCAGUGGUGCUUCCUGAAUGAGUGA